ACUAAUUCUAUCGAAGGUCAUGGUUCCUGUUUUGUACCAAGACAUCAUGACACAGACUUGAGAGCUUCAGAACUGAGACACAGAGAUCAUGCCAUAAAACUUAGAAAUAACUUUCAUUUUGUUCAUCCUAAGAACUUCAUCUCAAAGCUUCACAGGCGGUUCCUUGGUCCUUAUAACAGCAAGACUAAUCUUAUGUGCCAUUUUAGCUGUGAGACCUCCCAAAGUUAGUGCUAUUCAUUGUGAUAUUUAUUGUGCAACCAUGCAAUUGGACACAGGGGGAUUUUAAAUAUUAAUCAAUUAAUCAGGGUUUAUUUAUUUUUUUAGAUUUUCUUUUCUUCAAUAAUUGAGAGGACAUUAAAAAUAAUUUAUUUAAUUUGAUUUAAUUUUAAUGUAUUAGUUUAUUUAAUUUUAUUUCUGUAGAGGGUCAGUCCAAAAGAAACAAAAAAUAAUGUUGCAAUACAACAAAAAGAGAAAUAAUCACUAGGGGUAAAUACUUUUUGGCGGCACUGUAUGUUUUUGAGUAUUACCUCUCAUUUUUGCUUCAGGCUUGUUUUGUGGAGUGGUCUGGAUGCUGGCGCCGUGGUUCUGUUUGACUCUGGUCAGGGCGUUCCUAUCCCAUUUGAGGGAGUCAUCAGUGAGGGCCCAGCAGUCAGAAUCCAGUUCAUAACAGACAAGCCAAAUGACCAGAAUACUGGUUUCAAUAUCCGUUAUGAGGCAUUUGAGAAGGGUCAUUGCUAUGAGCCAUACAUCCAAAACGGAAACUUCAGCACCACAGACGUAACCUAUGGUGUGGGAGCCAUAGUACAGUUCUCCUGUGAACCUGGCCAUUCUCUGGAGCAAGGCCCUCCUGUCAUUGAGUGCAUCAACACACGAGACCCCUACUGGAAUGACACAGAGCCUCUGUGUAAAGCUUUAUGUGGGGGAGACCUGUCUGGACCCAGUGGCUUGAUUUUAUCCCCGAACUGGCCUGACUGGUAUGGUGAAGGUGAGGACUGCAGCUGGAGAAUUCAUGUCGGUGAGGAAAAGCGUAUCCUGCUGGAUGUGCAGCUUCUGAACCUUAGUGACAGUGAUAUGCUGACCAUUCUGGAUGGUGAUGAGGUCACCACACGCAUCUUGGGCCAAUAUGUGGGAGGAAACAGUCCAUUCAAGCUUACCUCCUCUACUCCUGAUCUUACCAUCACCUUCCAUUCUGACCCAGCUGGCCUGUUCUUUGGCAAGGGAGAGGGUUUCAUCAUUAACUAUGUGGGAUUCUCCACACCUUCAAAUACACCAUCUCCACAUUAUGAUUGAACUUCUGCCUGCGUGCAGACGUACUCCACCUACACUCUGAGGCCUGCCGCACUAACCAAAACAUGUAUUGUUAUCCCCCUGCGCAUUGCUUAUCUGUGUGUGUUGUGUCUUAGGUGAACGUCAGUUCUUACAGUCCCACCAGCCCAAUGAAUUCUCAAUAAAAUUACAUACUACUCAUACUUGGUCUCCCUCAUGUUUAUUUCGUGUCUAUUUUAUUUCCAACAUUCCUCCUUCUGAGGCUAUAAAGCCUCACAAACUGCGUAUCUGUGGGGAAAUUGAUUCUGCCCUUGGCCGAUUCUAUGCUUCUCAAUUACUACGCGUAUAUAUUGUUUUGAACCCUGACUACUUUGAUUACACGUUGAUUAACUUUGUACCCCCUAAAUAGUGAUUAUUACUACUACUGUCGUUAGUAUGAGUGGCUAAUAUGAGUAAAUACUUGAUUGGAUCUACACGUCCCUAUUUUUCUCAACUGGGUCUAUCAGCCAUCAGUUUUGUAUUUGUCGGGACCGCGCAGUGUGUUGCUUCUCCCCAAUAAUCAAAUCUCACAUGCAGGGGUGGGUGAAAAAACCUCUAAGGAGGAAAAAUUCCCACCCUGCCAGCACCAUGUGCUCGACAGCACCGUUAUACUUUUCUCGUGCCUGAUUGCGUCACACUUCAUUGCACAACACAUGUCACAUUACAAACAUUUUGUAACAACCUAAAUAGUCAGUCUCUGUCUCCAGUUUUAAGUCCAUCUUUCUCCCCUCUCUGUAUGCUGGUUGUCUUCAGCCCAGGAACUUUACGUACCAUAGAGGGCGACCCUUGGGGAGAGGUUAGGCUAGCACUUACACCCAGGACAUGGCUCAUCACGUCGUCUUCUCAUCCUCGGCUGCUGUCUCUGCGGGUCCUGUUUUUCUCGGAUAGGCCCCAGGUGGCCACUACCUUGUACAAAUAGGACCUUCAUGUGUCCCCAGCCUCA